UGGAAAUGAUUGUCACAUGACGUCGAAGUCCUUCCAAGCCGUCAGAGGUUUUUUGAGGUAUUAAAGAAUAACAAGAACAAUGGAAUUUGGAACUUUCAUAAAAGAAGCAAAAGAAUAUUAUGAAAGACUGGACAGUUUAAGCGAUCCCAGAACAAAAGAUUGGCUGCUUGUAUCGUCGUUAGCCAAUCCAUUACUUGCCUCUCUGAUUUAUCUACUUGUGGUGAAUGUUGGUCCACGCUUUAUGGAGAAAAGACAACCUUUUCAAAUAAAAUCAUUGAUGGUGAUUUACAAUUUUGGAGCGACAGCAUUAAAUUUGUACUGUUUUACGAAGAUAUUGAAGUGCUCAUGGAAAGCUGGCUAUAAUUAUGUUUGCCAAAAAGUUGUUAUCUCGAAGGAGCCGGAACACUUAGGAAUUGCAAAUGCUAUUUGGUGGCAUUACAUUUCAAAAUAUUUGGAAAUGUUAGAUACGAUAUUUUUCAUUCUUCGUAAAAAAGACAACCAGAUCACCUAUCUUCAUGUUUAUCAUCACACAUCCAUCGUGGCACUUUGGUGGAUUGGAAUUAAAUGGGUUCCCGGUGGAUCAUCUUUCGUUGGCGCCAUGAUCAACUCAUGUGUUCACGUGGUUAUGUAUUCAUAUUAUGGCUUGAGUGUGUUUCCUUCACUUCGUGGCUAUUUAUGGUGGAAACGUUACCUUACUCAAUUUCAGUUGGUUCAAUUCUUAUGCCUAUUUCUGCAAGCUGUGUUGGCCCUUCGCGAGGACUGUGGAUUUCCUCGAUGGAUGGCUUAUGCUUUGAUCACAUAUAUGAUGUCAAUGAUUCUUUUAUUUGGAAAUUUUUAUCUGAAAACGUACCUAAAGACAAGACUGAAACUAUCGAACGGCGAAAAUGGAAAAGUUCAAAAUGGAAAAGUUCAAAAUGGAAAAUUAUUGAAAGGGGAUUAGAAAACACACCAAAAAAUAUACAGGCUCAAUACAAUGGCUAUUGGAUACACUUGAUUAUACAGUAUACACAGUAGGUUAUUGUGCUAAUUACCAUUUCAAAAUAGUGUCUUUUAAAAACUUAGGACUUUGCUGAGGAAAUUUGAGUGUCCUUUUUGAUCUUUUGUCACAUUAACUAUGAGCCAAUUGCCGAAAAAGUGGAAUCAUGUAAGGACUUGAUCAAUAUAGGCUAUUCUUAUGUUCUUUAAAAAGAUCUUUACUCUAAUCAACGUGAUCCAUGUGGUAAAAUAGUUAAGGUGAUAUGUUAAAAACAACUAUUUGAUGAAAGCCUUGAAAAUGAAAUUCUAGGCAAUUAACUAUUUUCAAAUUUGAAACAUUGUAAAAUGUCUCAUUCUAAUGAUCGCUGAAAGUGGUCGUUAUUCCAAAAUAUCUUGCAAAACGCUGUAGCUUUUUCAGAAAAUACCAUACCAUUAGAAAAUCUACAAUGAUUGCUUUCCACCGA